AUGGGACGGCGACGAAAAAAUAGAACCCAUCUCAAAGGGAAAGGCGCUGCUGACGCCAGUACGGUGGUGAAUGAUGGAACGCCUAAAUCCUUUAUAAUCAAGCAUGGUCAAGUCGGAUCGUCUCUGGCACAGCUGGUGAGGGAUCUCAGAAAGGUCAUGGAACCCAAUACAGCUAGUAGGCUGAAGGAACGACACCGCAACAAACUAAAAGACUAUCUGACUAUGGCACCUGCGCUCCAUGUAACCCAUCUCCUCGCCUUUACACUCACUCCCGUCGCCCCCUCAAUGCGCCUCGUCCGUUUAUCCUCUGGUCCUACUCUCAGUUUCCGAAUCGAGAGAUACAGCCUCAUGAAAGAUAUCCUUCACGCUUCUCGGCAUUCAAGAGGAAUGGGAAUGGAGUAUCUCAGUCCACCACUGCUAGUACUUGCGUCGUUUCCACCGGCCUCUCCAACCACUCCCCCGCAUCUCCCCCUACUCAUGAAGUCCUUUCAAUCCCUCUUCCCACCUCUCUCACCCAAAAAUAUUACUCUUUCUUCAGCGCGACGAAUAGUCCUCGUCCACUAUAAUGCAGACCGAGGCACCGUCGACAUUCGGCACUUCAUUAUCACAGUGAAACCCUACGGCGUAUCAAAACGUGUUCGGAAAAUCCUCGAAGGUGCAACCUCUUCAAAAUCAAAAACAUCGACAAAUUCAACCUCGGGCUUCCUUGAUCUAGGCAACGAGAAGGACGUUGCAGAUUUCUUGUUGAGGAAGAGAGGGGAAGCUGGGCCGGGCUCGGAGGAUGGUGGAUAUGAGUCUGCUGCUUCGUCUGCUUCUUCUGCAGCUGGCGAUGAUGGGGAUCCGAUUUCGUUGGCAGAUGACUAUGUUGGAAGAAAUAAUAAGAAGGGCCAGAGAAGGGCGGUGAGGCUCGACGAAGUCGGUCCCAGAAUGGAGCUGAGGCUGGUCAAAAUAACGGAGGGCGUCCCGGGGAAAGAAGGGGCUGUUAUAUAUCAUGAAUUCGUCAAGAAGACAAAGAAGGAAGCUGCGGCGCUGAAGGCGACUCACGAAGCGAAAGAGAAGCUGCGUAAGGAACGCAGGGAGGAGCAGGAACGGAACGUACAACGGAAGAAGCAGGCGAAUGGGGCGAAGAACGACAACGAAGACGACGACGACGAUGACGGAGAGGAACAGGAUGAAGAUGCGGCAGGUUGGGAUGACGAAGAAGAAAUCACUGAUGGAGAGGAGAGCGACGGAGAUGGAGACGAAGACGAGGAGAGCGAGGUGGAAGAGCCAGCACCUCCCCCGCGGCCGAAGAAAAAAGUGAGGAUACAGCGAUGA